ACAAUUUUCGAUAAGUUCUUUUCAUUUGUCGAUUUGUAAAUUGAAACAAUUUAAAUUUCACAAUGGAUGUGACAUUGAAAAUAAUUGAGAUUUUACCACCGUUCGAUUUAAUUGCAUCAUUGUUGGGCGAUAGCUCAAUUGAAUUAAUCGUAAUCAAUAAUUUUUUUGAAAUCGUUAAUCAAUUCAAGUCGACCGGCAAAGUGGAUGAAAAAUCGCUUGACGAAACAUUGAUGAUGAUGGCAUCAAUCAAAGAUCAUUUGUGGGAGAUAAUCAAUACCGGUCACUUUAGCAAAGUCAAUAAACUACAUCGUCAAAUUUUUACAUUGACAUCACUACAGAAAGCCGUCUUAUUGUUGAUAAAAGGAUCGCAUAAAAAAAUGGAUUUGAAUGAAGCGAGCAUGUGGGAAUUGGACAAUGGUCUUCUUUUGGGUUGCCCAUUAAGUCAUCCAGAUCAUAGUGAUAUUUUAAAUGAUUGCCUAACGCUUAUGCAAUGUAAAAACGACUGUAUUGAAUCGGAGACAACAAUAGCGUUGGAUACAAAACAAGAUGAUCGACCGAUGAAUGACAUUUGUGAAAUAGAAAUCAUUGAGCGGCCAUCAAUUCAUUAUUUUGAGCAGAAUCAUUUCAACAAAAGUCAACCGGUAAUAUUAAAGAAUUGUAUGUCACAAUGGCCGGCCUUAUCGAAAUGGAAUAAGCCAAGUUAUUUGCUUGAAGUAUGUCGGAAUAGAGUGGUGCCAAUUGAAAUCGGAAAAAAUUACACAAAUGAAAAUUGGUCACAAGAUCUUGUAAAAUUUGAGGAUUUUUUUCGUCGUCAAUUCUUAGAAAAUGAUGAAACCAGUAUCGGAUCAAAGAAAAUCGAAUAUUUGGCACAACACAAUUUAUUCGAUCAGAUACCGGCAUUAAAGAACGAUGUAUCCAUCCCAGAAUAUUGUUGUAUUACAAAUAGAACGAGCGACAAUGAAAUUGAUGUGGAUAUCAAAGCGUGGCUUGGACCCGAAGGAACCACAUCACCCAUGCACAUUGAUGAAAAAAAUAAUUUACUCUGUCAGGUUUUUGGCUCAAAGCGCAUCAUAUUGGCACCACCGAAAGAUUCAAUCAAUUUGUAUCCAUUUGAUGGCGAUAUGCUGAAAAAUACAUCACAAAUUGAUGCCGAACAUUUGGAUUUUGAUCGAUUUCCACUUCUUGCCAAUGUAAAAUUUUACUCAUUCACACUGUACAAGGGGGAGAUGCUUUACAUUCCGCCAAAGUGGUGGCAUUUUGUACGUUCAUUGUCGAAGAGUUUCUCUGUUAGCUUUUGGUGGGAAUGAAAUAAAACAACUGUCGGCGAUAUAA